AUGGAAAAUAUGCUAGAAGGGUCAGUUCCAAGCUCAAUCUCGAGACUCAAGAAACUAGAAUUUUUACACUGUGACAAAAAUAGAUUGGGUGGCAUUGUGGAGCUUGAUACAUUUCUUGAGCUAAAACAUUUGAAGUAUCUGUUUCUAUCCUUAAAUAAUUUCUAUUUAAUUUCAAGAAAUAAUACCAAUGCCACCAGUCCUCAGCUUGUUGAUAUAGGAUUGCGUUACUGCCAUCUAAGAGGGUUCCCAGAUUUCUUGCGUCACCAACAUCAAUUGCAACUUCUUGAUCUUUCUUCCAACAACAUUCAGGGCCAGAUACCGAAAUGGCUGUCGAAAGUGAGCAUUGAAACUCUGUUAUUUUUAGACCUUUCAAACAACUCUCUAACCGGUUUUGAUGAAUUUCCGGUUGUUCUUCCGUGGUCCAAAUUAUACUAUCUAAAACUUGAUUCCAACAUUCUCCAAGGUUCACUCCCAGUUCCACCCUUGUCUACUUGUUUCUAUUCCAUCUCAAACAAUUCCAUCACCGGAGAAAUCCCACAACUCUUGUGCAACCUGAGCUCUCUUUCUAUUCUUGAUGUUUCCCUUAAUAACUUGAGUGGUGAGAUCCCUUUAUGUUUGAGCAACUUUAGCGAGUACUUAUUGGUACUGAGGGUGCGCUCCAACAACUUUCAUGGUCCCAUUCCACGUAGUUGGGCGAGUGGAAACAGAUUAAAGAUGAUAGAUUUGGGCAAAAACAAAUUUCAAGGAAAGAUACCAAGAUCGCUGAUGGAGUGUAGAAUGUUAGAAUAUCUUGAUCUCGGGAACAAUCAGAUUAGCGAUGCAUUCCCUUCAUGGCUGGGCACUCUUCCAGAGUUGAAUAUUCUUAUUUUAUGCUCUAAUGCACUUUAUGGUAUGAUAGGGGAUCCUGAGUCCCAUUUUGUCUUUCCCAAAUUGCGAAUCAUCGAUCUCUCUCACAACAGAUUUAAUGGGACACUGCCUUCAGGCUACUUUGAAAGAUGGAAUACCAUGAGAAGUCUUGAUGUCAGGAACUCAUCAGCUAGUUACCUGCUUGAAUACUUGGAUAUGAGGAUCAAUGUAAUGCAUGUUCCCAGGUAUUAUAUUUAUUCCAUGACAAUUACAAACAAAGGCACAGAAAUGCUGUACCCAAAGAUCAUUCAAACUCUUGUAGCCAUUGAUCUCUCGAGCAACAGAUUUGAUGGAGAAAUUCCAGAAUCCAUUGGGAGUCUCAAAGAGCUUUACUCGCUCAAUUUUUCGAAUAACAUUCUUGUUGGCCGAAUACCAUCAGCUAUAGCGAAGCUAACGAAUCUUGAAGCUUUGGACCUUUCUCAGAACAAGCUAGCUGGAAGAAUUCCUUGGGAGUUGAGUACACAACUCACUUUCCUUGAGGUUCUCAACGUCUCCUAUAAUCAUCUCACAGGACCUAUACCGCAAGGUCACCAAUUCGAUACUUUCCAAAGUAGUUCCUUUGAAGGAAAUCUUGGGUUGUGUGGAAAACCGUUGCUAAAAGAAUGUGACAGUAGUUCUGGAGCCUUGCCACCUCCUUCAUCUUCAAUUUCUGAAGACUCUGGAUUUCUCGUUGGAUUGCAUUGGAAAGUAGUCUUGCUGGGUUAUGGAAGCGGAUUCCUCAUUGGAGUGACGAUUGGGCAUGUUGUGACCACUAGGAAAAGUGAUUGGUUUGCCAAGACUUUCUCCAAAAUUAGUCGUGGAAGAACGCAUAGGAGAUCAUCGCCAGUCUUGUUGUAAUGAAAGAAGUAGAGAUGGAAGGAAAUCAUUAAUCCGAGGGAGAGGGAGAGACAGAGAAACAGAGAUCAGUUUCCAUGUUCUACCUGUAGAUGUAAGACGAAGGAACACCAUACUUGAAGCUAUCGUGGGCUUUGAGCCGUUUUGUAUUUGUGUUAGGGAUUUUCGAUUGUUUCUAAACAGCUUCUAACAAAAGAUACGAUAAUGAAUUAUAAAAAAAAAGUUUUCAAUCGACUUGUAUUUUUUAAAGAAUAAAAAAAUGACGAUGGCAUAAAUAUGUAGAAGGAUAAAAAUUGUAUUAAAAAGACCUUGCCUAAAACAAAUUUAUUAAGAAUAAGA